UAAACCAUGUGGGAAUGGAAUCAACGUGAUCGCACUUUUUGAAUACGCAUGUCUCAGAGGUGUCAUUACCAGAUGAUCGUUAAAAUGCUUAGUGUCAAUUGAAGCAUGAUUGAAGGCAACUCGCUGCAGGAGACACCUCGCAGUCGCUAUAGAAAGGUGUAAAUUUUGACACAGCAAAUCAACCGCACAGGCAGCUUUUGCCGACUGCCCAAUCUACAACCUGUACUGACUUUCUGCAUCUACGACCGAGCGUGCGUAGCAUCAUCCUUCGGUGAUGUGAUGUACAUGUAGGCGGCCCGAAUGUGAUGAUGAAUGAGUGAGGUUAAAUUAAUCGAAAUAGGAAUACCGUAAACGAUAGCAAGAAAGCAACUGUGUAGUCUCGUUCAAGAUGGGAGGGCCAAGAUGGCAGUGCAACCUCUCCAGCAUGAUGUGGAUACUUCUUAUGUUGGUAAUCACACAUGUAGUGCCUGUUAAAUGUGCUAACCAGACUACAGAGUCACCAACUCCCACACUUAGCACAACUGAAGUUAUGACUACCCUUUCAUCAGUUACACUGAUCUGUCCUAACAACAGUCUGACAAAUGAUAGUGAAGUCUAUUACACAGCACCAAUUGCUUCAGAUGACAGCUCUGUUUCAUGCUUACCAGCCCCAGGGGAAUUCAAUGAGGGGCUAACAAGUGUAGUUUGCAAUGCUUCUGAUGAAUUAAAUGACACAGUAGCAAGCUGCACAUUCAAUGUCUCUGUAGAUACCAUUCCUCCAGAGGCUACAUUUGUUGGUUGUCCUGACAAUAUUCUGACUAAUAAUGCAACAGUGGACUACACAGAACCAACUGCUACAGAGGGAGAUGUGAACCUUACCGUGUCAUGUGACCCAUCUUCAGGAUCUACAUUUUCAGACAAGCAAGCUACACAAGUUGUUUGUACUGCAGCAGAUGCUGUUGGAAAUGUUGCCUUGAAAAAUUGCAACUUCACAGUAACAGUUGACAUAACUCCUCCCGUGGCUACAUUUGAUAGUUGUCCCAGUGACAACAUUUUCACCAAUAAUGCAACAGUGGUCUACACAGAACCAGCUGCUACAGAGGGAGAUGUACACCUCACUGUGUCAUGUGACCCACCUUCAGGAUCUGUUUUUAUGGAAAACCAAGAUACAACUGUCAUUUGCAAUGCUGCGGAUGAAGCUGGAAAUAUUGCUGAUAAAACUUGUACUUUCAUUGUCAGUGUUGAUACCAUUCCUCCAGAGGCUACAUUUGUUGGUUGUCCUGACAAUGUUCUGACUAAUAAUGCAACAGUGGACUACACAGAACCAACUGCUACAGAGGGAGAUGUGAAGCUUACCGUGUCAUGUGACCCACCUUCAGGAUCUGUUUUUAUGGAAAACCAAGAUACAGCUGUCAUUUGCAAUGCUGCCGAUGCAGCUGGAAAUAUUGCUAAUGAAAGUUGUACCUUCAAUAUCACUGUUGAUACUAUGCCUCCUGUCCUGGAUCAAGGUACUUGUCCUGCAGACAUGUCUCAAUUUGCUGACUAUGCCACCAACUCCACUCUAGUGAUGUGGAAAGACCCCACAGCAAGUGAUAACAUAGAUCCACAACCUAAUGUCACCUGCCUGCCUCCAUCAAACUCUGAGUUUGAAAUUGGUGAGAGAACAGUUGAAUGCACAGCAAAGGAUGCUGCAGGGAAUGAUGCUGUAUCUCCCUGUACAUUUAUAGUCAGUGUCACAGAACUUAGAGCUCCCACCAUUGAUAACAUCACUGGUGUUACCAAUGAAACAAUGGUCAUCGCUUGGAGUUCCUUGGACAUUGUUGAAAAUUUUACAGUGGAAUACAGAGGGACAUUUGAGGACACAGAGACCAAAAAUACAACCCUGCCUGGCUCACUGAACAAUUAUCAACUGACUGAUUUGCUACCAGGAGAAACAUAUGUUGUCAAAGUAAUUGCUAAAAGUGGACUUGCUCUCGCUGAGAGCAAAGAAAAACAAAGAACUACAGAAUUGAAUGAGCCAACCAUCACUAAUAUCACAUCUGUUACCAUGUCAACGAUGGAUCUGGAGUGGAGGAAACCACUAAACAGCUUUGUGGAGAGAUACAUCAUCAGUUACACUGGAGUUAAGGAGGAUACAGAGAUGAGAAAUAAAACAUUGGAUAACUCAACCUUGAAGACAACACUUGACAAUUUGCUACCUGGAGAGACAUACAAGCUGAGGGUUAUAGCUAGUAGUGGCUCUAUAGAAAGUCAAGAAGUCUUUGCUGAAAGCCAAGAAAGACAGGAAACAACAGUACCCACAAGCGUAGUUCUUGAGGAGAUUGAUUCUACGGUGAACUCCAUCACAGCACAGUGGCCUGCACCAACUGACCAGCAACAACCAUCAUUUACUCCUGUUAUUGAAUAUUACAUCAUCAAAUGCCAAGAAGGAACUCCUGAGCCAGCUAGAAUUAAUUACACUUCAAGUAGAAGUCAAGCAUCCUGUAUUGAUUUACCCUUUGCGGGAAGAGAGUACACCAUAACUGUGGAAUCUCAUAGCAGAGAUAAAAGUUUUUCAGCGAGUAUUCAGAUAAUUGCACUACCCAAUGGUGUCGCCCUAAUUGAAGGAGAAUCAACAACUUUAUCUGUCAGUUCCCUGUGGGUCUACCCUGGAGGUGAUGCAGACCAUUUCAAUAUUUCCUGUUCUGAAGGAACACCUCAACCAGAAGAAAUACCAAUAGGGAAUACUACCCAGCCUCCAUUCUAUGAAGCAUCUUGUGUCAAUUUAUCCAUACCUGGAUAUACAUACACAAUGACUGUCUAUGUUGAGAGUGAAGGGAAACAGAGUAACUCUUCCCACAUCCAGUUGAUUGCCUUACCAGAGAAAGUCAUAAAUCUCCAAGCGGAUUCCUUUACCACUGAGGUGAUAAUUUCCUGGAGCAUUCCAUUAGUAGGAAUCGUCACAUCUUUCAAUGUGUCCUACUCCGGAGGAGAACCAAAAACCAUCCAGCACAAAAGUGGAAUGACAAGCUACCAAACAAACUUCACUGAUCUUGUACCAGGAAGAGAGUAUAGCUUUAAUGUGAGAGCGUUGAGUGGCGACAAGCAGAGUGCAGUUGAGACAAUCAAUCAGCGAACAGUCCCAUCUCAGAUAACAGAGUUUGCCACAAAAAGUACAACCAAAACAUCUAUCACAGUGACCUGGAAUGAAGUAGUUGGUGACAAAGAUAGAUACAAUGCUACAAUUAACCCAUUUGAAGGGAACCUUGAAGACAGAAAUCCAUUAGAUCCGACAGCUACAUUCUCUAGUCUCAUUCCAGGAAAGAUGUAUAGCGUUUCUGUAGUGACAGUCAGUGGUGAAUCAAGCAGUUCUCCGUUUGUGGAAACGCUAUCCACUGAACCAGAUCUUCCUGGACCAGUGUCUGCAUUAACCAUUGAUGAUAUAAACUUACACAGCGUGACUCUCAAGUUUAAUAAACCAGCGAAACCCAAUGGCAAUUUAAGUUCCUUUUAUAUCAAAUACGUUGGGAAGUGGAAGGAGAAUACAGACCCUGAGAAAAGUCAAAAUGUGGCCUUUGACCAGAUUCCAAUCACCGUAGAAGAUCUUCUUGCAGGCUACACCUAUAACUUUACGGUCCAAGCAAGAAAUGAAGCAGGUCUGGGCGAAGCUAAAUCUAAAUCUGCCACUACUCUGACUAAAUCCCCAGAUUCAAGUGCCAAGCCAGAGCCAUUUGUUGACCAGAAUGAAUCAACAAAGCCAACCACUACCACAAUAGUUGCACGUUUCUUGGAUAAUUACUUCAGUCACAGUAACGGACAGCUAAUCAAUUACACAGUUAUAAUUGCUCAAGAUGGAACUGGUGAAAACACUGUUCCAGCCACGACCCAGACUUGGUCAGAUGUAAAGGAUAAGGACCCUAUUCCACCAUAUCAGGCAUUCUCAGCAAGACCAUAUCCGUUUCCUCCAGAUCUGUCUGGACAAAGGAAACGAAGAGCAACUACUCGAGAAGAAAAAGUUACAUUGGGAGAUGAGGAAUGUCAGUCGACAAGUGGUUAUUGUAAUGGACCACUAAGAGAUGAUACAAGCUAUGUAUAUCUGUUCCGAGUUUGGAAUGAAGCUGGCUAUGCAGACACUGCUUUCUCAGAACCUGUCAAAACAUUUAAUGACAUAUCUUUGGAGGUCGGUUUAGGCCUGGGUGUUUCCUUUGCCAUUUUGUUCAUCAUCUGUAUAGUUCUUCUGAUGCUUGCCAUCAAGCGUAGGCAACGUUUUUCGAGAAGAAGGUCAAGCACAGAUUAUUGGAAUGAAGGCUUUGAGCGUGAUGUGAUUCCUGUUGGGCGGAAAGGCAACAAACGUCCGAUACCUGUGGAGGAAUUCCCUGAAUAUUUCAGAUCCAUGAAAGCUGACUCAGAUUAUCUCUUCUCAGAGGAAUAUGAGGAACUUCGUCCUAUUGGUCGAAAUCAGGCUGCUGAAGCUGCUGUCUUCGAUGUCAAUCGCAGUAAGAAUCGGUUCACAAACAUCCUCCCCUAUGACCAUACCAGAGUUAAACUGAAACAAGUGGAUGAUGAAGAAGGAUCUGACUACAUCAAUGCCAACUUCAUGCCUGGUUACAACUCACCAAGAGAAUUCAUUGCUUGUCAAGGUCCUCUGCCUGGGACUGAAGAUGACAUGUGGCGCUUAGUAUGGGAACAAAAAAUAUCCACAAUUGUCAUGGUGACACAGCUUGUUGAAAAAGGCAGGGUGAAAUGCCACAAAUACUGGCCAAGUUUGGAAAAGCCAGUUUACUUUGGAAACAUUUUGGUCACACUGUUGUCGGAGGUGAAACUGCAGUUGUGGACUGUUCGUGAAUUUAUGAUUGAAAAGGGUGAAAAGAGACAUCAAGUUCGUCAUUUUAACUUUACUGCUUGGCCAGAUCAUGGUGUACCUGACAGCUGUGAUGGAAUUUUGCAGUUUGUGCGCACGGUACGGAACCAGAUACCAGAUAAUGGAAAGCCUACACUUGUUCACUGCAGUGCUGGUGUGGGACGCACAGGGACAUUCAUCUGCCUUGAUCAUCUGCUACUCCAUCUCAAAGAGAAUAGGGAUGUUGAUGUGUUUGGAAUUGUCUGUGAGAUGAGAAUGCAUCGAAAUUUCAUGGUUCAAACUGAGGACCAGUAUGUCUUCAUUCACGAAUGCAUCAUGGACAUAUUGCAAGCCCUACAUUCCAAUGGCUCAAGCCCUGUCUAUGAGAAUAUGUUUGUGUAGAGCUGGAUAAAACCUUGUGGAAUAAUUUAUGCAACUCCUGAAUUUUUAUCAUAAAUUGGUGUCCUGUCAAUGGCUUUAGUGUGCAGUCUGUGGACCAGUGAAACUCAACAUAAUAAGGUAUUGAUUAAGGAAAAGACGAUUGCUUCAGGAAAGAAUAGUGCGUAGUAUAAGAACCAAAUCUAGGUUAUUUUGGGGAUGUUAUAUAAAAACAUUGUAUGAUGAGAUUUUAAUUAUAAGCAUGCUUUUAAAGAAGAUUAUUGUUUUGACAGGGAGGGGGGUCUCUGUCAAACCUCAUUAGAUGCUUAAAAUUGUAGUUUUUUAAAUCUUCAAGAAGAGGGUAAGUACCUAAUAUUUCUUGUGAUUCUCAGAUUUGGAUGUCUGUUCAAAUUCUGCUUGUCUAUAUUUUUGCAUAGAAAAGUGAGACCUCAGGUUUUAAAAAGUGACAUGCAAAAAUAGUAGAAAAUAAAUCUGAAACUAAGAAAAAACAACAUAAUUCAUUCUGGCUGUAGGGUACAGAACCAAAGCCCUGUUUUAGAAAUCCAAGCAGCUUUAAAUACAUAUAGUUUUGCCUUUGUCGUAUCAUGCUAGAUACCAGAGAAUAAUUUAGCCUUGUAUACACAGAUGUGCUAUUAUGGAAUACAGAACAUAUUUAGUAGUCAUGUUUGUAUAUUUGCUAUUGACCAGUUUACUAGAAAUUGUCUCUAAGACUUUGCAUCAAAAUUCUGCUAUUUUGGUAAGUUAAACAGAAUUUCCAAAUAUUUAUAUUUAUUUUCAAUAACAAAAGGCCUUAAAACAUUAACACAUUUCCCACAAAAUAAUUUCAAAUCAGAGAAUUUUUUACUUUUCAUUGUUGGAAUCAGGUUUAGGUGUUUUGGUUUCAAAGUUUAAUUUAAAUUUUGAGUAACAUAAAAUCAAAAGGGUGCCAGAAUAAAUUAUUUACAGAAUGUGAUUUGUUAUUGUAAAAAGAAUCAAGUAAUGUAAUGCUAAUUUAAAGCUGUUAAAUAAGGUCUCCUUAGGUAAAUAGCUUUGGAAACUGAAUGAACUAUUUUAUUGUCGAUCCAUACCAUCUCUCUGUGUAAAUAAAUAUUUUGUAAAUGAUUAACCAUACUUAGAUAUAAGUAGGCGGACGUUUAUGAAUGAAUUGAUUCAAAAGAUCACAGUAAGAAGGGUGGAAGACCCCUAGGGAUGGUGUUAGCAUAAUACAUGAAAUAAUCAACCUUAGAUAAUUUCUCUAAACACAAGGUGGUUAAAUAUGGGGUGCUUCUGUUGGCCUUCCUGAGUAUGCACAAAUCACAUGUUUGAUUUAAGUGCUUAACUUAAUUAAGAAUUAGAAUGAUAAGUUUAAUGCCACCUCUGAUCCUCACAGGAACUGAUUCAAGUGGUGAGUUAUCCCUCUGUACAUGAUGUCAACGUUGUGAUAUGUGUAGAAGCAAGUUGGAUUUAACUGACAACUCUACAUAGUAUUCUUGUAUUGAAUCUCACAGGGGCAAAAAAAGACAAAGAGAUGACACAUUGUAAAUGUGAUGUCAGUUGGGGAAAUCCCUUUGGUUUAGUUUUUAUUUUGAUCUUAUGAUACUCAGUAUUUCAUUACACUGAAAAAUCAAGUCACUUUAAUGGGAAUUUUCUGUUAAAAUUGUUAGUGUUAGAAUUGUGUAUAUGUACUUGUAUAGUUACCGUCUGUGGAGACACUGAUAUAGCCGGAUUACAUCAAUGCCUUCUUUAUGUGUAACUGUUAUUUCUCAGUCGUAAACCAAAUUUAGUGAAUAUUCAGAAUUUACUCUGUAUUUUCAUUGACAUCAGAUAUUUAAGCUUUUUGUACCUCAUUCCACUGUAGUCUUCCUUUGAAGUAUGUGACAGAAAAAGUAUAAGGAUAGUGGGAUAGGGGAAGUGGAAUGUUGAUGAGGUGUGGCGCGGUCUAGUGCACGGACUAUUUGAUUACAUUAAAUGCCAUGACUGGUCCUCUGUGUAUAACUACAAUCAUUAGACAGGUUAGCCUGAUACAUGUAGUGUACUUGAAGCACUACAUAUGUACACAGAUUUAACCAGAAUUGUUAUGUACAUAUCUGGAACAGUACCAUUAAAGACUGACUUGAUAUUCUUUCAAUUAUUCCAUUUGGAAAAGUACUGGUAAUUUCUGAUUAAUUAAACAACUAUAGUGAUUGCUUUUUAUAGGUUAUAAUUUAGGUAAACAAACAUUUGAUUGAAAUUGUUAAAAUAUAUCAGGAUCAGAAAUUCAAGUGUUCAAGUCAGACUACAGACAGUUUAAAGUUUGCAGAAUUUUAGUUCAUUUCAGUAUGCAGAAUUACGAUCCAAAGAUUUCCAUUGUUUUAUUGAGUUUGCUACUUUCAUCAACUUUACUCAGAAAAAUGUGUACUCACACCUAUAGGCUAUGGUAUAUAUAUAUUGAAACAGUACAGUUUCUGAAAAAUACCAAAUCAUCUUCAGUGUAAGUAUUGAACCCCAACCCCAGGAUAUAUCUAAAAUCGUAUUGAAAUUGGAGGAUUUGGGACAAAACAGUUUGUAACCUCCUGUUUAAUCUGAAAAUCACUCUGCACAAAAAGUGAUGUUAUAAUUUUCUGAAUGUACUGUGCAUAUCAGUGUAGAGAGUGUUACCUUGGAAACUUUCUAAUGUGAUUAUUUUGAGAUAUAUAUAUACUUGCAUGUUGAUUUUCAUGCUUUUACAUCAGUACUAGAACAUUUAUAUACAAAUUACACUGUAUUCUAAUUAUUUCUAUAUUUGUGCUAUUCUAACGGAUAAGUAUUUUGCAUGGAUGAAAUUUAACCAACCUGUGUGCUUGAAUAAUAUGUCGAUUUUAGCUUUAUGAAAGUUACAAGUUUUUAUAACAUUUGAUAUGAAUCACAUAUAUAUUUGCACAUAAUAAAAUAAUUCCACAAUAUCUACACUUCACAAAUUAUGUGAAGAGAAAAUUGUAUGAAACAAAGUUUCCAGUUUUUUAAUUUAAAGAAAGAGGUUGCUGCUGGUCAACUAAAACCUGAC